UCGAGAUUUCGGGUGGAGAGAAAGUGUGCCGCCAUUUCUGUGGUACCCCUCGCUCGAGUGAAGUGUGAAGGUGUUUUGGAGUUGUACGGUGUGGUGUUUGUUGUUUUAAACUUGCGUUGCCUUUUGUUUUUCUUUAUCGAUUAGGAACCCAGCUGCUGUACCUUAAGCAAGCGAGCAAAGAGGGAAAAUGGUGAAAAUUUUCGUGGGCAACCUACCGCGGCCGACCACCGCUGAGGAGAUCCGCGCCCUCUUUGAGAAGUACGGAGUGGUCAGCGACUGCGACCUUAUCAAGAACUAUGGCUUUGUGCACAUGAAGGACAGGGAAGCGGCAAAGGAGGCGAUUGAGAAACUGCACCACUAUAGGCUGCAUGGGGUUUGCAUUAAUGUGGAAGCCAGCAGGAGCGGGGCCAAAUCUUCCACCAAACUUCACGUGGGUAAUGUGGGCACUGGGUGCACCAGCCAGGAACUGCAGGCCAAGUUUGAAGAGUAUGGAACGGUCCUGGAGUGUGAUAUCGUUAAGGAUUACGCUUUUGUGCAUAUGGAGAGGAGUGAAGAUGCUAUGGAAGCCAUCAGGGGACUAGAUGGCACAGAAUUCAAAGGCAAACGGAUGCAAGUUGAACUGUCCAAGAGUCGGCUGCGGAUGCAACCCGGGAUGGGCGAUAAAAACGGCUGUUUCCGGUGUGGUAAAGAAGGCCACUGGUCUAAAGAGUGUCCCAAAGAUCACUGCCUCGAUGGCACUUUUGAUGGCAGCUUCUCUCGCGAUUACCGAAAUCCUUAUUCGAUGACCGCGCGGGCCAUAGCUGGGUACGGAGAGCACCCUCUAUAUGAUGAGCGAUUCGGGGUCGCCAGUUACUAUGAGAAGAUUCGGGCCGGAGCGUAUGGAGCGGUGGGCGAUCCUUAUGGACGGGCGGUGUCAUUUACAUCUUUCGGCACUUCCCUGCGAGAUCAUGUCCCUGGUGCGGUAACCCCAUAUGAGCGGCGGCCACUAGCAAGUCCCACCACCUAUUACAGCCGCGACAGAAGCCCCUUACGACGUCAAGCACCCAUGUCUGCUUUGAGCAGUGGAUAUGGGUUUGAGCGCAGUGCAGUUUCUUCAGCUGUGUAUGACCAUACAGAUGUUACAGCAAGGGAUGCGUAUACCACCGCCCCGUACUCGCCUGGUCGGUACCCUGCUGCCCGUUACUCGCCUGGUCGGUGCUCGCCUGGUCGGUAUCCUGCUGCCCGUUACUCGCCUGGUCGGUGCUCACCUGGUCGGUACUCUGCUGCCCAGUACUCGCCUGGUCGGUACUCGCCUAACCGGUACUCUGCUGCCCAGUACUCACCUGGCCGGUACUCUGCUGUCCAGUACUCGCCUGGCCGGUACUCUGCCGCUCAGUACUCAGCUUCUCAAUAUUCUGCCGCCCAGUACUCGGCUGCUCAGUAUUCUGCCUCUGCUGUCGCCGCCCAGUACCCUGCAUACUAAUUUAAGGUUUGCUUUGCAUCGUGACGAGAGCCGCGGGUCCCUUGGUACGUGCAGAAACUCGGGUCAUAUGUCUUGCUUGUUGGUUUUAGCGUGGAAAACGUUAGCGAGACAUUAAAUCUAAAUAUGGGUGUUAAUUAGCUGCAAAUUCAAAUACUCAUCAAAUUGUGACCAAGUAUUUUUAAAUCUCUUUAGUUUAAUUUCUCUUUUUGGGUUUCUUUUGUGUUCAGCAGAAAUGGCUCGUGUAAAUGUUCAACCAUUUAAAUUUGAAGCAUUUGGAUUUCCUGUAAUACAAUUUACAAUAAACGAUCAGUAUUCAGCCUGAGCGUGUUGCGUCCAAGUGAAUCUUUAAAACAGAUCUGCAAAGGUAUUCUGUGGAGUCUCUGUCAGGUUUAUUUAUACACAGCUGCAAUGGUAUGUACAUAUGGACUUGGCCUUUGUAGAAGGCUUUAAUGUCAAUCUAGUGCGGUGCUGUUCUAUAGUCAGUAAUUUUGAGUCAUAAGCCUCUGUUCAGUUACCUGAUGGCAUGAACAUUGAUUUCUCCAACUUCCAGCAUUUUUUUUUCCCUUCCCUCUUCUCCACUCUGGCCUCUUGGCUCUUCUCACAUGCCUCUCUCAUCCACCUGGACCUGCCUCUCCACCUUCUUUUUCUCCCAUGAUCUACUUUCCUCUCCUAUCAAAUUCCUCCUUCUCCAGCCCUUUACUUUUUCCACCUAUCACCACCCAGCUUCCCCUCUCCACUUGCAUGGCUUCAACUAUCACCUUCUAGCCGGUACUGCUUUCCCUCUCAUCACCACCUUAUUCUGGCGCCUUCUCUCCCCCACCCCCCUCCCUUCUUUCUAGUCUCGGUCUCGGCCUGAAACAUUGGCGACUUAUUCAUUUCCAUAAAUGCCACUUGACCUGAAUUUCUCCAGUAUUUGCAUAUGUUGCUAUGUUACGGUAAUUCAAGCACUUGCUUUAAUAAAUCAGGGAAAUAUUAAUUGCAAUACCUACUCCUUAACACUAGGGUGCAAUCUUUUCUUGAAAGUGUCUGGCAAGAGCCAGAUUACUUGAGAUACAGCACCUAGAGGAAGAAUGAUUAUUUCGAUUCAUGAAAUCCUGCUGGGGAGAAAAACACAAUGAGGAUCAGACAGUACAAUUUAGCUACUGCAUAUUUUUAGUAUAGUUAUAAGCAUGCUGGAAGUGAAUGAAAUCAGGCAGAAGGAUCACUUUUACUUGUUUACAAAUGCGCAAGUUCCAAAGACAGCGUUCAGAGGGAAGAAUCAGUAUUAUUUCUUACUUCAUUUCCAUUGUAUAAAUCUUCUUUUUCACCCCCCCCCCCCCCCCCAAGGUGAGUAUUUUGGUCUUUCCUGGUUACAUACGCACUCAGGCUACGUCCACACUAGACCGGAUAAAUCCGUAACCGAAGCUUUUUCUCUUCCUUUUGACCCUCUGUCCACACUGAAACAGUGUUUUCCUCCCCCGAAAACAGAGAUUUUCAGAAACGCUCUCCAGAGUGAAUAAAUCUGAAAACGCCUAAUAUCUGUCAUAGUGUGUACGGGGUAACUGGCUAUUUUUAAAACAGCUGUCAUGACAUGCCGGAGCAAAUGGUGGCGGCAGUGUGGCAUUACAUUGUUUUCUUGAACGCAACCUCCAACACCACAACAAUAUCUGACAAUAGAUGUGUAACAGACUACUGUAACAUUGUAUGGAAAUACAAGAUAACACUGAUGCAGACAUGUUUUAUACAUUUAACAAGGUGCUUUAUUAAUAUAUUGCUUGUGCAAACAUUGAAUAGAUACAAUUGUCGCUUUUGCCCAGUAACUCGUUUUAUUGCACGUUAAAUACAGCAAAAUAAUACACAAAGACAUGUCAAAAGUAAAGGCAAACAAAUGAGGUAACAGCAAAUUUCACUUUUGCCCAGUAACAAGCCUUAUUGCAUUUAGUUGUAGCUGUCAUCCCUUUCAUCGAUGAAGAGACUAUGGCUGUAGGAAAUGUUUCUGGACAAACACGUGCCAAGUAUACCGUUUCCUCUUUGCUUGUUUUCUGUGUGUCCUGCGCAUGCCCAGUAGGAGGGGAUUCACCCAAAUAUCCAUUUUAAUGUGGGCAGAGGUAUUUUUAAAAACGCCUAGUGUGGACGCCUGUCGUUUUUACGUGAAACCAGCGUUUUCAAAAUUAUCCGGUCUAGUGUGGACGUAGCCUGAGUGGCCACUUUAUUUGGCACACCUUUACAGCUCAUUAAUGCUAAUAUCUAAUCAGCCAUUCAGGUGGCAGCAACUCAAUGCAAAAACGCAUGCAAAUAUGGUCAAGACGUUCAGUCGUUGUUCAGACCAGACAUCAGAAUGAGAAAGAAAUGUGAUCUAAGUGACAGAUCAUGGAUUGAUUGUUGGUGCCAGGUGGGUGAUUUGACUAUUUCAUAAACUGCUGAUCUCCUGGGCGUUGGCGCGUGGCCAAGUGGAUAAGGCGUCGGACUAGUGAUCUGAAGGUUGCCAGUUCGAGCCUCAGCUGAGGUAACGUGUUGUGUCCUUGAGCAAGGCACUUAACCACACAUUGCUCUGCGACAACACUGGUGCCAAGCUGUAUCGGCCCUAGUGCCCUUCCCUUGGACAACAUUGGUGGCGUGGAGAGGGGAGACUUGAAGCAUGGGCAACUGCUGGUCUUCCAUACAACCUUGCCCAGGCUUGCGCCCUGGAAACCUUCCAAGGCGCAAAUCCAUGGUCUCAUGAGACAAACAGAUACCUAUAUUUAAAAAAAAGAUCUGGGAUUUCACGCACAACAGUCUCUGUGCAUAAAAAAACAUCUCAUGAGCUACACUUCGGUGGUUGAAAAUACUUUGUUAAUGAGGAAGGUCAGAGGAGAAUGUUCAGACUUGUUCAAGCUGAUGGGAAGGAGACAGUAAUUCAACUAAUCAUGUGUUAGCACAGUAAAAGAGCAGCUCUGAAUAACAGCAAACAUUGAAGUGGAUGGGCUGCAGCAGUAUAAAAUUCAGUGGCCACUUUAUUCGGUAUGGGCUGGGGCGGGGUUCCUGAAUUGUAUUUUAGUAAUUGUAAGUGCAUACCUUCAAUUCUUGUACAAAUUCUUUAUAAAACUUCCCAAAAAUAUAAGCUUUCACAGUUUAGAAGCAGACAGGGGUGAAGUAGAACUCCUCAGGAGUUCUGGAACCUUAAUACUUUUUUUUAAAAACCAGUAUGUAGUGAAGUUAUUUGAUUAACCAUUGUGUCAGCUUAGCCAUUCCAUCUGGGCUGAUUUGUUGUCCCUCUCGCCUGUAUUCUCCUGCCUUUCCCCUGUAACCUAUGGCACCCUUACUAAUCAGAACCUCUCAACAUCUGCUUUAAAUAUAUCUAAUGAAUUGGCUUCCAUAGCCAUCUGUGGCAGUGAGUUCCACAGAUUUACCACCCUCUGACUAAAGUUAUGGAAAGGAUGCUACAUUUCUUCCAUCAUGAAGUUGUGGUUCAAUAUGGUGUAUGUUCUCAUUGAUAACAUGUAAAAGCUCAUCGAGUUAAAAGUUCAUUCACAGCAUAUUGCAGAACGUGGGUGAUGAAAGCCUGCUGGUCCUGGAAUGGCACUUAAGAGAAAAAGGAAAAUGAAUGAUUAACCUGUUGCUAUUAUCUUAGCUGAUACAUUAACAACUCUAAUGAAUAAAAGAACAUUGAGAAGCAAACGGCCACUUUCAUUCUUAAUUGACGCAUUUCCUUGUGGUGAGUUGAGGCCAAAUUUUGUGAUGCUGUUCUCUUUGAGGUGUUCAUAUAUGAAUUUCCAAUAUGUGCUCCUGAGCCAAGUCUUCGUCACUCAUUUUCAUUAAAUAUAUAUUAAAUGAAUACCAAUGAAUUGAUCCACUUGACCUGAAACAGGAGUGUGUGGGCCAUGGCAAAGUUCAGACUAGGCAUGGCACCAUGAUGAUAUACGGCCAUGACAUUGAAUUGAGUUCCAUAAAAUGGCGCAUCGUGGACUUGUAAGCAAUGUAUAUAUAGAAAACCUUUUAGUUGGAAAAGUUUCUUUGAAAUGAGAUGUAUGAAUAGUUAAUGUGUAUUUUGAAGGGCAUGCAUUACUGACUUUGUUGCCUGAUAGGUGUUUUUGUCCCUCAUGAGCCUACCAAAUUUUAGUUGCCUUCCAUCAAUUUAAGUAAUUUUAACUACUGCACAGCAAGUACCUGUCCUUAGAUGAUAAUAUCCACAUACUGCUUUCAGCCUUGAACAACUUUGUAACUGACAUUUGAAUAUCCCUUUUCCUGGCAACAGUGUCACAAUUGGCACUUUAUUUUGCUAUACUUGUGUGCAUCCCUUGUGAACUUUGUGUUUGGGUAACCCUUUCUUCCUAAAGUAUCAAAAGGUGAAACAUAAAUAGGAAAUUGAUAGUUCAGCACAGAAAGCAGAUAACGUUCUAGGUCAAUAAACUUUAUUUCAGCAAUUAAAGCACAGUACUGUUGUUUAUUUUUCUCUGGAAUAGAGAGUGUGUAUUGGCAAAGGGUGUUCCAUUUCCCCAUAUGCUUUUCGCUUUCAUAAUAUUAUCGAACGUCAUGAGUUUCGUUGCAGUUUUCCAGUAUGCCCUCUUGUUAUGUACUCGGCUGAAAAUUAGAAUUUCUGAUGAAAUUCACUCUCCAAUAAACGAUAUCAGCCCUAUUAGAAUUUGAAAACCUAUAAUUUUAAACCAAGCCAUUAGCUUCCAAGGAGCUAGUGUAGGCCAGUGAAUACAGUGCUGAUAGAUUAACUGGAUGUUAGACAGUUAUAAUAUAGGCAGAGCAGUAUUUAAAGUUUUUUCAUGUUCUGAACAGAAUUAUCAGGUUUUGAGUAAUAAAGUAAUAAGUGAUCAAUUCAGCUUCAGAUAACCAGAACCAGAGGUAUAUUGUGGAUGAUGUUUGAGAUUUAAUGCUCAAGAAUAAGAAAAAUUAAUUGUUUUGUUUUCUUAAAUACAAUUUGAUGAGUACCUUUAAAUCUUUUUCAACGUGCGGGCAAAACCACAUAUACCACCUGCCUAAAUUCCCCUGGAAAUGGAACAGGUGAAACACAUGUUGGAACUGCUACAAUGGAUGGGCGAAAGUGCUCUUGCAAUGUUGUGGAGACUAUUGUCGUUGUAUGCGGUGUUGCUUAGUGAAGCUGAACAUUAAUGUCCAAUCCGAGACUCUCCGAGUAGGUUGCGGAUCUUCUGUUUGGUUUUUCGGGAAGCAUUUAGAAGUCAACCACGUUGCGGCAUUGGAGUCAAUCUAGCCCAAGCUGGGUAAGGAUGGUGCUUUUACUUAUCUCAAUGAAAAGCUACAAUAGUUAAUACACAAUUUGCACCCAGGUUAGCUUUGAUUUGGGUAAUUCCCUGUGUUAGUCAAUCUAGUGACUGCACUGGUGCAACUAACUGAGAUUUAAUUACUGCUACCUCCACAGUUAACCCACUCACUGCCAUUUUUUGGGGGAGAUUACCUUUUUCUUAUUAAAAACAGUCAUCUGUCAGCCUCUUCGCACUUUAUGUUCUUGCUUUUUGAGUAAAUUAAAAUGCUUGCUGUAGAACAGGCUGCUUGCUGAGGACAGUUGUGUGCUCCGCACUGCCUCUGACUCAAUAACAUUUCUUUCUGAAAAUCUUGCCUAUUUCUUGACACCUUGAGUGACAUUACUAUUGAUCUCCAGAUUCUUUUCUAUUAAUAAUUAAACUCCAAUAAAUUGCCAUGGUGAAAUUUGGUCUCUACUUUUUCCAACUAUUAAUCCAGUUAUGCAUUAAUGCAUUUCCACACAUUUUGUCGAAGUGAGAAAGCAAAUUGCAAUGUCGAUCCAUGUCAGAGUCGUAUGUGACCUGGAGAUGAACAUGGAUAUGUUGGGUGUUCUCCUAAGCCAGAUGGUGACCACCAAGGGUUGGGAUGUGUUUUGUAGAUAUUAUUUCUGAAAAUUGCUGCAGUGCAUCAGAAAACACAGCAGAUCAGCGUGCUGGUGAGGUAUGGGUGAUUGGUUGAACUACUGGAUGACUUGCAAGUCGGGCAAUUGGUACUGACCUGUGAUAUUGCAAACCAUGCAUGUUCUCUCUGCAGCCAUAAGACCUUAGGUGCAGAAUUUGGCCAUUUUGCUUAUCAAGUUGGAUCUGCCAUUUAAUGAUUUACUUUCCACUCAGCCCUGUUCUCCUGUCUUCUCCCCAUCACCUUUGCUGCCCUUGUAAUCAAGAACCCAUCAACCUCUGCUUUAAAUAUACCCAAUGACUUGGUCUCCAAAGCCAUCUGUGGCAAUGAAUCCCACAGAUUUGCUACCCUCUGGCUGAAGAUUCCUCUUCUUUUCUGUCCUAAUGGGAUGUCUUUCUUUUUUGAGGUUGUCCCUUCUGGUUCUGGACUCUCCCACUAUUUCAAAUAUCUCCACACAUUUAAAGGUCAACUGUCAACCUUUAAACAAGUGGCAAUUAUUCUGUCACAAGCCUCAUCUGCUAGUUUUUGUCAUGGUAAACCAUUUCAAAAUAGUAAAACUUAAAGCUGUAAUAUUUC